AUGAAAGCAACGGACCGUCAGAUGAAGAUAUUUGUGACUCUGCGGGCCAUGAAUUUCCAGUGUCCUUUUGGGACACCAGAUGCACCUGAGCUGUGCUGUCCAGACGAGCCGAACGCAGGGCCCCAGCAGGCAUUCUCUCAGAACCACAAAGGUGGGGUGGGACUCCUUGAUGUCGCCCUCCACUCCGCAGAGACCUCCCCAGACAAAACAAACAAGCCCUUGGGUCUAGCGAACUGCAGCGGGGAGCGGAAACCAAGGAAGAUCAAAGACCCAGCGGUUACCCCCUUCCGGGCCGCGGAGUCUGGCAGAGCGCCCCGGCCAGAGCGGGCACCCACGGGCGCGGACGAGGAGAUCCGAGAGGACACACCCGGGGGCUUUGGGGCGCUUGAGUGGGCUGCGAGCACACUGGCCCGAGAGCUGCUGCUUCUCAUGCCCAGCCCCUUCUCCUGGGGCUCUGCUCGCCCUCGGGCCCCGCUUCCGGAUCGUGGCUCUUGGGGCUUCGCUGAGCCCCCUGGUGCCGAUUACCUGCGUGCCUCUCGCAUUCUGCCCCGGCUCUGGAACGCCCCUCCCGGCCCCCGGUGCCUCCCGCCGCCGCCGCGCCCACUCUUCCCUCCGCUCUCGGGUGACAGCUUCGCCGUGAGCGCCGCCUGGGCUCGGAAGGGCAUCGAGGAGUGGAUCGGGAGGCAACGCUGCCCGGGCGGCGUCUCGGGACCCCGACAGCUGCGGUUGGCUGGCACCGUUGGCCGAGGCACCCGGGAGCUCGUGGGCGAAGUGUUCAGAGAGACGUUGAGCGAGGAGGAGGAGGAGGACUUCCGACUCGAAGUGGCCCUGCCUCCCGAGAAGGCCGACGGACUGGGCAGCGGUGAUGAGAAGAGGAUGGAGAGAGCCAGCGAGGCGUGCCCGGCCUCCAAGAAGCAGCUGAAAUUUGAAGAACUGCAGUGUGACGUGUCCGUGGAGGAGGAUAGCCGGCAGGAGUGGACCUUCACCCUUUACGACUUUGACAACAAUGGCAAGGUCACCCGAGAGGACAUCACCAGCCUGCUGCACACCAUCUACGAGGUGGUGGACUCCUCCGUCAACCACUCCCCGACAUCGAGCAAGACUCUGCGAGUGAAGCUCACUGUGGCCCCUGACGGCAGCCAGAGCAAGAGGAGUGUCCUCGUCAACCAGGCCGACCUGCAGAGCACGAGGCCCCGAGCAGAGACCAAGCCUGCCGAGGAGCUGCGAAGCUGGGAGAAGAAGCAGCGAGCCCCCCUCAGGUUCCAGGGUGACAGCCGCCUGGAGCAGUCUGGCUGCUACCACCACUGCGUAGAUGAGAACAUCGAGAGGAGAAACCACUAUUUAGAUCUCGCCGGGAUAGAAAACUACACAUCCCAGUUUGGGCCUGGCUCCCCUUCUGUGGCCCAGAAGUCAGAACUGCCCCCCCGCACCUCCAACCCCACUCGAUCUCGCUCCCAUGAGCCGGAAGCCAACCACGUCCCACACCGAAAGCCCCCAGGCGCGGACCUGGGCUCCUUCCACUUCCUUGACACCCCAAUCGCCAAGGUCUCGGAGCUCCAGCAACGGCUCCGGGGCACCCAGGACAGGAGCAAGCACUUUGUGAGGUCCCCCAAGGCCCAGGGCAAGAGUGUGGGUGUGGGCCACAUGGCCAGAGGGGCAAGAAGCAAGCCCUCCCUGGGACCCACCAUGCCCGCGGUGUCUCCCUCUGCUCACCUGGCCACCAGCCCGGCCCUCCUCCCCACCCUGGCACCCCUUGGGCACAAGAAGCACAAGCACCGAGCCAAGGAGAGCCAGCAGGGCUGCCGGGGCCUGCAGGCACCGCUGGCCUCGGGUGGCACCGUCCUAGGGCGGGAGCUACCUGCCGUGGUGGUAUACGAGAGCCAGGCCGGGCAGGCGGUCCAGAGACACGAGCACCACCACCACCAUGAACAUCACCACCAUUACCACCACUUUUACCAGACAUAGAGCCCCUUCCCAGAGCCCCCACCCCACCAUAUGAAGGACCCCCUUCCCAACGCCCCCAAGGCAUUAUUAUUCUAUUAAUUAUUGUUAUUAUGAUGAUUGUUAUUAAUAAUUAUUGUUACUCCACUAAUAUUUAGCUAGCCUUCAUGUAGAAGAUAUAUGGAAACACAGAACUAAACUUUUAUUUAUAUGUUGUGGGACUGCAUAACUUACCCAGGAAAUGACUCUGGCUUGGAAGUGGCCUGUAGACGGCAGAGGCUCCCUUGGGGCUGGGAGCUGCGGUGUCCAUGCGGUUUGGCCCACACCCCUCCCAGAGCUGGGGAGCCCUUGGCCCAAACUCUGCCCCACUCCAGUCCUUUCCAGAAUACCCUUACCUAGCCUGGCUUCCAGAGACCCUCAAAAUCUUCGAGAAGAUAAACAGCUGCUACCUCUUACCUCUGAUUUUAUUUUGCCCUUAACUGAUUGUAAUGUGCUACAAGGGAUUUCAGCGGACUGCAGACAUGCGACCUCCUUGCUGUUGUGUUUUACGUCCCACCCUACAACCUUAGCUGUCCUUUCUGGAGUUCUCUCUCACACCUUUCCAAUGGGAUCACACCCUUGCCCCAAACCAGUGCUAUCUUUUCUGCCAUGCACAACAUGAAAAUACACUUUUCCUUCUCUCUUCUUUAGAAAAAUACACACACAUAUACUUAAGGACUGUCCCUGAAACCAGCCUUCUCAUUUUGGAAACCGCUAGAAAGGGAGCCAACCACAUAAAUAAGCAUGGUUUUCCAAGAUGGGCCGAUUGAGUGCUGUUGGUUGUAAUGGAGGAUGUGGCAGAUAUCUCCAUACCUACGCACCUACAUACCUACAUGGUUCUCCAACAGAGCUUUGUGUAUCUAUAGAUAGAUGCCAUCUGCCCAUUUCUAUGUAUCUCUUGAUAAAUACACUCUCAGGUAUCUUU